GGGAGGGGAAGGAGAGAGAGAGAGAGGGAGAGAGAGAAAAAGGAAGCUCUCCGAUAAGUUUUUGUGUAUAUUUCUCCAAAGUUACACAAACUUUCACAAAGCUAAAGGUAUGUUUGGAGGCCUUGUGGGGAUCGACAUGCUGAGGAGAGAGAUCUGAAGGGAAGGACGGACACCAGUUUGUCAGCAGUUAUGCACAGCUGAUGACAACAUCAAAUAUUAACACUUUUUAAGGCCUUGGGCCUCGAGUGACUAUACAGAGUGUCCAAAGUAAAGAAAAAGUAAAAGGACGUGUGGAUUCAGCCACUUCCUCUUCUGAUCCCUCAGAUCCCGCACGGAGAGAAAGAGAGACAAUGUCCUCUGACCUGGACUCCAGUCUCACCAGCAUUGACUGGCUGCCUCAGCUGGGAAUCAGCAGCCUGCGCUCGGGGAGAGAAAGAAGAGGAGCAGGAGGAGGGGAGAGGGACAAGAAGAAAGACAGAGGGAGGGAGAGGGGAGACUUCCUGCCCUCUGUGCCGGACCCCUCUCCUUCCAACUGCAAAGGGAAACCCCCUCACAGUUAUGCCACUCUAAUUGCCAUGGCAAUAGCAGCUGCACCUGAGAGGAAGUUGAGUUUGAAUGACAUCUACACCUGGAUCAGCGACACUUUCCCCUACUACAGCCGAGCCGGACGUGGAUGGAAAAACUCCAUUCGGCAUAAUUUGUCACUAAAUAAAUGCUUCAGGAAAGUUCCUCGACCACAGAAUGACCCCGGCAAGGGUUCCUAUUGGACGAUGGAUGGACCUGCAGAGGGGAAUCAAGUGAGGGCACCUAAACGUCCCUAUCCAGAGGAGGAAGAGGAGGAUGGGACACAAGCAGCGAGAGAACCCUCUCCUCAUCAACCACAACCAACCUCCCACACAGACCAGCGGCUUCUAAACGCAGAGCCACUGGGAGGCAUCCAGUCACCCCAGUCUGCCUCCCUCUCUCCUCCUCCAUGCAAGCAACAGUCACCCUACAUGCCAAGCCCCGUGUCCAGUCUCCCUGUCCCUCAUCCGUCUGUCUCUCCUUCAGCCGGACUCCAACCUACUGCCCCCAUGUCCUCUAUCAAUUCUUUCCCCCAUCCUCUUCCAUCUGGCCCCACUUUCUCAAUGCCCUCUGCUUCGGCUACACCUCUGUGCACUGCCAGUAUGUCUACAGCCUCUCCUGCUGCUCCCUCUUUCUCUGAUGCCUUUCCUGCUAACUCGGAGCCUGUGUGCGUCUCCACCUUCUCCUGCGCUCCAAACUCAGUGCCUGUGUCUGUAUGCACUGUGUCAGGACCCACUCACUCUUCAGUAUUUUCAUCUGUCGCCGCCCCCCCAGUUGUCUUAUUAAACUCCUCCACCGAUCCUCCGCUCCGCUUCACCUUCGACGAGCUAAAUUUACCCGACUUGUACGCGUCUUUCAAGUCUCUCGUCAAGACCAUGCGGGAGAGAGGAGGCUCACAGUCGGAUGUCAUUCCCCUGGCUGUUCUGAGCAAUGACACUACCCCCCUUCACACUCCAACUCUGCUGCCAAUGUCUCCUCAUCCUGCACCUGCACCACCUCCACCCGCCGCACACCCUCCUGAGACAGAGCGUGUUACACAUCACACUGUGCCACCUGACUGGUUCAGUAACCCAGAUUCUCUGAAGGAGAGCUUCCGCAUUGCCAGCAAUCUAGACUGGGCAAACAUAGACCUCUCUGGUCACCCAGACCUACUGGAGAGUAUGCGCCAGGCGGAGCUCUGCGACUGGGCCCUGGACCCAGCGCUCUUUACUUCCCUCUGUGACUCUCUGAACCGCUUCUUCACUCAGAAAGGCAUGAUCACCUCUGGCAGUAACUCCCCACUAGCCCUCGGCGCACCUCACUCCUUACAGGUCCCACAAUUCACCACCAAUCCUCCUCCUACCCUCGCCAGCCUCACUCACCCCUCACCCCUCCCCUACUCUCCCAUAGUUCCUCUUGCCAGCGGAGCGCAGCCGCCCCGGAGGUCUCUGCACAUGCAGGGUCAGGGACUUCAAAGACCACAGUUAACACAACCUGCAAGCACAACAGCUGGGAUGCAGCCUCAGCCUCAGUCUAUGACACCACGACAGCGUCCUCCAUUAAAGAGUCUGCACAGCAACAGUGAGGAGAUCCAGGAUGACUUUGAUUGGGAUUCUCUGCUCGCUUGACCCCCGCUGACGGGGCGGAGAUACAUUUAGAACAGAACUUUUCAGAGAAAUGUGGCUCUUCAGUCAUCUUCACUAAACUCUACGCAGAAGCCGUCCAGCUGUUGUGCAUCUUGAAGCUUCUUCGAGAGCAUGUUUGGGAUCAAGUAUGACUGAAUGCUGUAUUUCAAGGUUGAAAAAGUUGUAUGUUUUUUCACCUUUAUUCAAAUUCAUAUGCUGUAGUAACUUUUGUUUAGCUUAUGUUUUCCAGGUAAUUGGCAGGGUGUUUUUUUUUUCUAUUGGAUUGUAGAUUUAUACGUGUAAUGUAAAUUUAUUCAUCACAUUAUUGUACUCUGCAGCAGUAAAAAAAUAAAUAAAAGGAAUAUACAUAAAGCAUUAACUACAGAGCAAGCAUGAAACAAGCCAAACACAGAUCCUGUGUUUUUGUUUUAUUUCAUAAAUUCCUUUUGAUUUUUUUUCCAUUUUUCUUUUCAAAUGUGAAUGUUCACAGUCAUCACCACACAAAAUUCAACCUUACCCGAUAAAAGAGAUAUUUUCUUGUUGAUAUAAAAUAACAAUAAAUUCAUCAAACUAAAUUAAAAGAACAGCAUGGAGCAUGUCGCCAAGUCCCUGUUUUUUUUCCUUUCAUUCAUUGAAAUAAUUGUCUCUCUUUUUUUUUUUUUUUUUUUUAAAAGAAGCAUCAGUGUCUCUCUCCCCGAAGGAAAGAGGGAUGAAACACAAGGACAGUGGUGCUCUGGGACACCUGUACACCAGGGAUCUCAUAUGAAAUGUGUGACUGGAAAAAAACAACUAAUGCUUCUGAUCAAUUAAAAAAAAAAAAAAAGUGAAAUAAGAUUGGCAGAGAAAUGUGUGACCCUUAUAACACCUCAUUUGAAAUCCCAACAUUACAUAGUAUUAAUACAAGUGACAAUUUUUAAAAACAAAAAUAAUGGAUCAUUUCAUUUCUUCCUUUCUGAGUCACUGAAAUAAGAUCGGACACAGGAAAAAUGGAGACAGAUAUCUAUACAUAUACACAGAAACAGGCAUUUACACUAUUGCAUACUCACAAAUGAGCAUUCGUAUUCUCAUUCACACAUCGCUGAAAACACACACAUUCAACAAACAUCCCAACAUUUUUCCCCAUCGGACCACAGAUGUCAGAGCACUCUUUAGUUUUCUACAAUAAAUCAGGAAGAAAAAAAAAUAAGCAUUUGAUUUAAAUGGCAUCAACGAGGGAUUUUCCUUGUUUAUUUGUUCCCAAAAAUUGGAAAAAAUAAAUUACACUUAACAUUAAAUUAAAUUAAAAGUGAAAUAGUUGAAAGAAUUUGACCACAUUGUGCCUGAAAUGUUAAUGCAGGUUUUUCAGUCCGUAUCUAAGUCUGGAGUUCAUUAAAAAUCAUCCUUCAUGCACUGGUUUCAUUUCAGUGAUUCAGUGUUUGUCUUCAUUCUAGAGGAAGAAAAGAGGAAGAGGAAGGUGCAACAGUUUCUCUGUUCAGUUUGUUAGUGGCUAUGUCCCCUCUCCCUCCAUCUGUCUCUCUCAGUGCAGUAAAAUUAGAAUAGUGACACUACUGAAAAAGCCUCCUGCUCUCACAGACUUACCUUCAUCUCAAGACAGGACUGAAAAAAAAAA